AUGAUGGACAAGCUUUUUUACAUUGCUCGCUACGAGGCUCUAGGCACUAUUUUUAUCGCAGGCGCUAAGAGACUGGCGCAAAUAAUAAAGAUAAGCGCCGUCGUUUUUGAACGCACAACUGGAGGCCAGCUGGCGUCGGGAACUGACUGCCAGCUGGCGUUAAGGACUGGCGGCCAGCUGGCGUUAGGGACUGGCGGCCAGCUGGCGUCGGGGACUGACUGCCAGCUGGCGUUGGGGACUGACUGCCAGCUGGCUUCGGGGACUGACUGCCAGCUGGCGUCAGGGACUGGCGGCCAGCUAGCGUUAGGGACUGCCGGCCAGCUGGCGUUAGGGACUGGCGGCCAGCUGGCAUCGGGGGGCGGCCAGCAGGUGUCGGGGGGCGGCCAGCAGGUGUCGGGGGGCGGCCAUCUGGCGUUGGGGGCUGUCGGCCAGCUGGAGCAGGGGGCGUCUGCACCGCGCCUCGUGUAUCGCUUCAUCGCGCACACGCUGCAGCCUGGACACUCGGCCCGCCUCAACGUCUACGGCCCCCCCACCGUGCGCCCCAUGGGGCCUCUCACUGCGGUCGCGGGCCUCACCUUCCGCGUGGCCUGUCCCGUGGGGGGACAUCCCAUACACAAAAUUACCUGGCACAAAGACGAACAGCUGUUGCCCCUUAACCACAACCAGAUGGUGUUCGACAACGGCACUCUGACGUUAACGGAAGUUAACCGAAAGACAACAGAAGGCCGUUAUUCCUGUUCAGCUUACGACAAACAGAACAAUUCAGAUCAAGGACACUUCGAUCUUAAAGUCGUCGUGCCUCCUCAUCUUGGGCCCCUGGUUUUCCCCUCGGGGACCCGUGCUGGCAUGAGGGCACAGAGCUCCUGCUUCGUACAGGAAGGAGACCUGCCGCUCGAAAUUCAUUGGGAAAAAAAUAGCCAGAGGUUGCGCUUGUCCGCUAACGUCAAAGUCAAUCAACUGGACGACUUCACGUUCAUCCUGACCAUCACUGAGGCCGUGUCGGAGGACGCUGGCAACUACUCCUGUGUAGCCACGAACGCUGCUGGAGCCGUGGCAACUUUCGCUGUGCUUACUGUCAACGUCCCUCCAUCGUGGAUGUUACCGCCGCAUGACGUCAGUAUCCCGCUAGGAGGCUCCGCUGUGGUGCCGUGCUCAGCGAAGGGUUUCCCGCUACCACAAAUCGAGUGGCAGAGACAAACUGCUUCAGGAGAAUGGGCGUCUUUGGAGAGAAUAAUGGAUGAGUACCAAACGAAUCAGGCAACUGAAAACAGAAACUUUCCAUCAGUUCUUGGAGAUUCUCUGAGCCAUGGAUCUACCAUAACAACGUCGAAACGAAUUCCAAAUACCAAGAACGAAAUUUCACCGUGGAAUAUUGAAAAUGAUGGUUCCGAUACCUGGAAUAACCCUGAAGCUAUAUCACCAUCAUGGAAUCCUGGAAUAAAUGAAGCUUCAGUUUGGAAUACUGUAACCCACAAAAACUUAGAUUGGAAUCAUAAAAUGGAAGAUUCUUCCUCAUCCUGGAUCACCGGAAUGGAAGGAUCCUCAUCCUGGAAGGACCUAAGCGGAGAACCUGAGGUCGCAAGACGUCCGUCAUCCCGGAAAGUUUUGAACGGAAGUCUCGUGGUCUCGGCCGCCGCCCGCAACUUCGAAGGCCUCUACCGCUGCCAGGCCAGCAACGGCGUUGGGUCCAGCCUCUCUAAAGUCAUCACACUCACCAUCCACGAGCCUCCAUGGUUCCCGGAGUGGAAUCACCGCGUGGUGCGGGUGGUAGUCGGUGCUCCUGUGGUACUCACCUGCAGGGCCCACGGCGACCCUCCCCUCACCCUCUCCUGGACCAAGGGUGGGGCCCCGCUGGUCCCCGCUCACAGGUACUCACCUCCUAGCAGGUACCAACUCUCCUGGACCAAGGGUGGGGCCCCGCUGGUCCCCGCUCACAGGUACUCACCUCCUAGCAGGUACCAACUCUCCUGGGCCAAGGGUGGAGCCCCGCUGGUCCCCGCUCACAGGUACUCACCUCCUAGCAGGUACCAACUCUCCUGGGCCAAGGGUGGGGCCCCGCUGGUCCCCGCUCACAGGUGCGUUGACUGUGCAUCUGACUGUGACUGUACCUCUGCGGGUGCAGGUGCGUUGACUGUGCAUCUGACUGUGACUGUACCUCUGCGGGUGCAGAUGUCCCCGUCCCGCGUGCAGGUGUCCGUUGGGGGACGGGCGUCCCUGCGCUGCCUGCUGGACGGCGGUCCGGUCCUCUCGGUCACGUGGUACAAAGACGCCGUCCACCUCAGGUCAGUGGCGGUCUGGUCCUCUCGGUCACGUGGUACAAAGACGCCGUCCACCUCAGGUCAGUGGCGGGCCGGUCCUCUCGGUCACGUGGUACAAAGACGCCGUCCACCUCAGGUCAGUGGCGGUGUCUCUUAUACACAUCUAGAUGUGUAUAAGAGACAGAUCAUGAGCGGUAGUCUCAUCACCAUGAGCGGUAGGCCCAUCAUCAUGAGCGGUAGUCCCAUCACCGUGAGCGGUAGGCCCAUCAUCAUGAGCGGUAGUCCCAUCACCGUGAGCGGUAGUCCCAUCACCAUGAGCGGUAGACUCAUCACCAUGAGCGGUAGGCCCAUCAUCAUGAGCGGUAGUCCCAUCACCGUGAGCGGUAGUCCCAUCACCAUGAGCGGUAGUCCCAUCACCAUGAGCGGUAGUCUCAUCACCAUGAGCGGUAGGCCCAUCAUCAUGAGCGGUAGACUCAUUACCAUGAGCGGUAGACUCAUCACCAUCUCUUCUUCCGUCGGUUACGAGACUGCUUCUGGAGCGGACAGCUCCGGGGCGCAGACGCUGCAGCUGCGGAUCCCAGCAGCCGCCGCCGCGGACGCCGGGGAGUUUGUGUGCGGGGCGAGCAACGCGCACGGCGAUGCGCAGGCGCCCUUUACCGUCGUCGUAGAAGAUGUCCCUGGAGCCCCGACCGCAGUUCAGGUGCGUGAGAGCGACGCGCGUCACGUCUCGCUCUCGUGGUCGCCGCCACCAGCGUCGUCGUCGGUGAAGGCCCCCGUCAUGUCCUACGUCAUCACGAUUGAAGAGCACAGGGACGAUGAAGCGAUGGAGAGCGAAGCGUUGCUGGACCCACAAGCGACCGGCAGUUCGGGGACCGGUGACCCAACCACGAGCGUCGGUGACCGCAGAGUCGAAGUUUUGGUUUCUGGGGCGAGCCUCAGCCACCGCGUGUCCGGUCUGCUGCCGUACACCUGGUACAGCUUCUCUGUCGCCGCCCAGAACAGCGUAGGGCGAGGACCGAGUUCUGGACCCUUACGCCACCGCACCCUGGAGGAAAAGCCGUCUGCACCGCCCACUAAUGUGCAGGUGUUGAGUUCGAGCUCUCGAUCGCUGCGCGUGUCGUGGCUGCCGCCGCCUCGCAACGCCUCACACGGACGUCUCUUGGGCUACUACCUCGGCAUCCGGUUCCGCCUCCCCAGCACGAGGGACGGUGCAAAUGACGAAGACAGCGCUUACAACUUCACGACGGUGGGCGGUAGCGACACUUCGUCCACCGCCACGCACACCAUUGUCACUGACCUGCAUCCUCACUCCUUCUACGACGUAAUAGUCAGGGCUUUCAACUCUCGAGGGGCUGGACCCUCGUCAGAGCCCGUACUGGGGCAGACUCUUCAAGACAAACCCUCGGCACCCCCUACAUCACUGACGUGUGAGGGCCUGAGCGCCACGUCGCUGCUGGUCUCUUGGUCCCCUCCGCCAGAGGGCGCUCGUAACGGGGUGGUCACGCGCUACCGAGUGUCGUUUUCGGCUCUUCGCCACGCCGAUCCGGCGACCGCACAGCCUUCAGGACAAACAUUUCUGAACCUCGCAACAGUAACGUCAUCUGAGUCGUCCUUGAGUGAUGAUGAACAGAACGUCGAUGUUCACAAAGUAACAUCGGCGCAACUGGAAAACCUCGAGGAGUUCACGAACUAUUCGGUGGCCGUCGCAGCGGCUACUGAAGCCGGUGUUGGUGUCGCUUCUGAAGCUGUCAUUUGCACCACGCUCGAGGACGUCCCUACGGCCAUCAAGGAAGUGAAGGCCUUCGCCACAGGCCCCCAGAGCGUGAUGGUGUCUUGGUCGCCCCCCAGAGCGGCGAGGGGGCGGCUCACCCACUACACUUUGGUGCGGGCAUCUGUUGGUGCGGGCAUCUGGUCGGUGGGAGGCAAUGUGCUGGUUAAUUGGAAGCACGACGCACUCCUCCAAUGCCGCACCGUCGGCGUGCCGGAGCCCUCCAGGACCUGGACCCGCGGAACGGAGCGCGUCGCUCUAAACUCCCCGGGGCUCGUAGUGCUGGACGACGGCUCGCUGCGUCUCGUCUCCCCGGGCCGAAGUCACAGCGGCUCCUACAGCUGCACGGCUGCCAACAGCUACGGCUCGGACACCAUCACGUACAACGUCACCGUGAGAGUGCCGCCGUCGCCACCUGAGCUGCACGUCACAGAAACGACCUCAUCGUCCGUCAGGCUGCAGUGGGACGUUGCAGACGAAGGAGGCGCCGCUGUCACGUCUUUUGAACUCGUCUACUCUACAGAAGACGGGCCAGCAGUGAACAUUAACGUGCGAGGUGACAGCCACACCGUGUACGGCCUGCAGUGCGGCACGCGCUACAACUUCCACAUCACGGCUCGCAACGCCAUCGGGUCGAGCGAGCCAUCGAGUGUUGUGACGGCUCGCACGAAGGGCCGAGCUCCCGUGGCUCCCCCGCUGUUCCAGUUCGUGACCAGCAACAGCACCCAGGCCACCCUGUACCUCACCCAGUGGGACUCUGGGGGCUGUCCCAUCUCCCACUUCGUGGUCCAGCUCCGCGACUCCAACAACCACUGGACUACGGUGAGCUCGGAGGUGUUGCCGAGCAGGACGUUCGCGGUGACGGGCUUGUCGGGCGGGGGGGACUACGACAUUCAGGUUACGGCGCAUAACGCAGCCGGCGCCACCAGGGCGCUCUACUCCAUCUCUACCCCGCUACCACAAACUGAUGACGCUGGCACGGCAUGGGACGGCCUCGAGCGCUCCAGACCCGCCACCCUGCAGCCAAGUCCCUGGAACGAAGUGCGCAUCGUCCUUCCAGUCUGUCUCUCGCUGCUGGCGCUCGUCGCUGCCGGCGUCAAGGCUCUUCUAUGCAUCAGAAAAAGGAAAUCGAACACAACGAGCAAAAAGGAGACGUACAACGCAGCCGACGACCAUUGCCUGUAUGAGGCGGGCAAGCCUGCGGUCGUGGCAACUCACGACGCUCCGGACUACACUGAAAUUGCGACUACGCACGGGGAAGAUGGCUUUGGGGACUCAGACACAUAUGAGUGCGCCUCAAACUCCCAAUUUGGGCCACUCCCAGCCAAGCCUCCCCACUCGACCACAGCUCCGUCCCCGAACAGAGGAAGGCCCCGUGUGUGUCACGGGGAAGCCGUCACGACGUUUUCUGAUAACAAGUCAAAUAAAAGUCGGAGUUAUGCAACGCUCGUUUACCAGGCUCCUUCCGUCGGCAACGUAGAUUCUGGAAACAGAGAUAGAGACUGCGGCAGAGAUUCAUUUCCGGAUAGCAAAGUGCUGCAGAGCAACGCUCCAGCAGCAGGGCUCUACCACGAAGAAUCGGUGUUAGUAAAUGGAGCUACCACUACCACUGCAUUCCACGCACCGAAGAGCAGAGCGUUCAUACACGUAGAGAUACCUCACAGGUUAAGCUCCCACCAGCCCACGCAACACGNACAGGCCCCCAGAGCGUGA